AUGUGGUGUCGGGGUGCUCGGCGGUUCGCGAGGGAGCUCAGGCAUGUGGGGCACCUCACGACCUCGUCUGGUGACGUCGCUGUGUCGGUGGGGCCGGGCGUGGCCGUGCCCUCGGAACUAUCUGCCGUGGUGAUAGGUGGGGCUGGUGAUGGGGAUGGGUGGGGUGAGGCAGGCAGCAGUGGUGCACCUACAUCUGCGUCAGAGGCGCACGGUCUGAAGAUUAGAUCGGCCCCGCCUCUCGAGUUGUUGCUGCAGGCGUGCUUUGGGGAUUUUGUUGCUGCUGCAACAGCUCAGGUUGCUGAGGAUUAUGGUAACAUGCAUCUUGUGUUCCCUCCUGCGAUGCUCGUGCUGCAACCUGUGCCUCCACAGGACAAGGUGUCUUCCGCGAGACUUCAAAGCAUGGCGUUUGCGUUGCCGCAGUUUGGGGAUUCUCAAGAUAUGCCUCUUGCGUAG